GGAACACCAUUUCAAUCAGUGACCUGGAAUUUUGGUGUUAAAGAAUUAUUUACUUGGAAUGUUAACAACUUCACUGCACCAGAGUAUGAAGGCAGGAUCACCUUCUUCAUGUCUACUGGAUCUCUGGAGCUCAGGAACCUGGCUCUAACUGACAGUGGAGAAUACACAGUUAACAUUUUCCCACCUGUAGGACCAUCACAGUCAGGGACCACAAGACUGGAAGUAUACGAGCCAGUCUCCAAUGUGAUGGUAACCUCCAGCAGCACAGAGCUGGUGGAGUUCAGCAGCUCCGUCAGUCUGUCCUGCUCCUCCUCUGGAUCCUCUCUCUCUUUCCUCUGGCUGAACAGCAGCUCUGAGGUUACAGGAAGUGACAAAGUUCAGAUCACUGAUGGAGGAUCCACUUUAACUAUAGUUAAUGUGACCCGCUACGACCAGGGACCAUUUGAGUGUCGUGUAUCUAAUCCUGUCAGUCCGGUCACCAGUGCUCAACUAACCCUCACCAUCUACUAUGGCCCAGAAAAUAGUAUUUUGACAAUAUCUCUGCCAAAAGAGCACCAUCAGGAAGGAUCAGACAUCAGCCUGUCCUGCUCAGCUGACUCCAGACCUCCUGCUCAGUUUCAGUGGUUUCUGAAUGGUAGUGCGUUGUCUGAUACUGGACCAGAGCUCCAACUGAUGAACGUUCAGAUCAGUCAAAGUGGAAGCUACAGCUGUCAGGCCUUCAACGACAAGACUCUGAGAUAUGAAAUGACUCCGCCUGCAUCCAUCUCUGUACUGGGUAAGUUUGCAUUGAGAG